AUGCCCGAUCAAGAUUGUUGCUGCAUGGUCUGCGUCCGCACUCAAGAAGUCGGUGUUGUCGAAGAUCUGGGGCAAUUCAAGGAGCUCCUGGAUCCUGGUCUGCAUUGCGUCACUUGGCCGUUGCAGGGAGUGGUGGCUCGUCUCUCGCUGAGAAUUCAGCAAUUGGAUGUACUCUGCGAAACUAAAACCAAGGACAAUGUCUUUGUCCAAGUGGCGGUUGCCGUCCAAUUCCGUGUCUUGGUGGAAAGUGCGUACGAUGCCUACUACCGCCUCACGGAUCCUCGCAAUCAAAUUCAGUCGUACGUCUUUGAUGUGGUGCGUUCCACAGUCCCCAAGAUGGAACUUGACGAAGCCUUUGCCAGUAAAGCCGAAGUGGCGGCUGCCGUCUUGGACCAGCUCAAGGAUGUCAUGAAGGAUUACGGCUACGAAAUUAAGAAUUGUUUGGUCACGGAUCUAGCUCCCGAUCACAAGGUCAAGGCUUCCAUGAACGAAAUCAAUGCCAGUCGACGUCUCAAAGAGGCCGCUUCUCACAAGGCCGAAGCCGACAAGGUCAAACAAGUCAAGGCUGCGGAAGCAGAUGCCGAAGCUCGUUAUUUGUCCGGAUUGGGUGUGGCCCGUCAGCGCAAGGCCAUUGUCCAAGGACUUCAAGAAUCCGUCGGGGCCUUUGCCGACGAAGUGGAGGGGGCGACGCCCAAGGAUGUCAUGGACAUUUUGUUAUUGAGUCAAUACUUUGAUACCCUUUCCAGUGUGGGAGCUAACUCUCUUAUUUUGGAACAUGAUCCUGCCACGGUGGCCUCGUUGAGACAAUCGGUGGGUGGAUCCUUUUUGACUUCGGUCAGUGCCAACAAGAAAAAGUAA